AUGCCUUCUUCUGGGCCAAGCCCUACUUUUUGUCUGCUCACAACGUUUUUGACAUGGCAAUGGCUGGGGGUCUUUUUUUUUUCUUCAAUUUUCAUGGCUGUGAUACGUCGGCCUAUGACUCGCGACCCAAGGACCCCUCUUCAUGUAUGUCAUCAGUUCAUACACCAGACGGAAAUUGUUGACAAGACCUUGCGUGUCUCGUCAGGACGUAUUUUUGUCCGCGGAUCAGGCCAUGAAUGCGCCCGAUACUUGCAAGGUGCCAUGAUGCUGGCCUGUGGCUGGCAUGACGGGUGCGACUUGGGGGAUGAGUAUGUGCAGUGUAUCGCAUACGUGGACAUGGAGUGUGUAGACAUGAAGUUGAGAUAG